AUGGAUUUUUUCGAUCAAAGACAUUACAAAAUUUGUAAAAGUUAUGCUUAUCAUGUCGGUUUAUGGCCAUACAGGAGUAAAUCGGAAACAACUGCUAUUAAUAUAAUAAUCUUUGUCAUAUUUAUAGUGCAAACAAUUCCAAAAAUAAUAGCCAUGACAGUUUAUUCUGAUGAUGCUGAAAAAUUAUUGGAUGUAUUUCCUCUUUUUGCUGUAGAUGUAAUAGCUGCAUCAAAAUAUAUCAAUUUAUUAUACCGCAUGAAUAUGCAUGCUUGUGGAUUAUUUGCAGUCGUUGGACAUCGUCUAGAACAUUCUGAUAAAAGUAAAAUAAAUAAUGAUAAUCCACACUAUGCAUCGAUUACCUGCAAAGAUCCUGAUGUUAGGCAUGUCAUAACAUGUAUCAAGAGCCACAGUGAAGCAAUACAAUUUGCCGUGCUUUUGGAAUCAACAUACAUGUGGUGUUUUGCUUUUGUUAUUUUGGCUAAUUUUCCUAUGAUGAGUGUGACUGCUUAUCAGGACUUUAAUUACUGUAGUAUUUAUAGUUUUAAUUCCACGUCUCACGCAGUGAGUUCGGUCGUGAAUAUGGAUUUUUUUGAUCAAAGAUAUUAUCGGUUUACUAAAUCUGUUGUUAUCUCAGUUGGCCGAUGGCCUUAUCAUGAUGGAACAUGGUGGAAUACAUUAAUGAAGGGGGUUUAUUACUUCAUGUUUUUAGCUCAAGUGAUGCCAAAAGUAUUUUGUAUCAUGCUCUACAGUGAUGAUGGUGAUAUGAUGCUAAAUUUAGUGGCUCCUUUUGCAACAGAUCUAAUGAGUAUAGUAAAAUAUACUAAUUUGAUAUUAAAGAGACCUGCGUAUCUUGCGCUAUUAGAAGAACUAAGAAAAGAUUGGAAAACAUUGCUAAAUGAAGAGGAAAAACAAAUUCUGUCGAAAUAUGCAGAAACAGGAAGAUUACUAGUGAUUGGAUAUGUAUGGGCAGCGAUCAUUACAACAUUUUUGUUCGUUAUCGAACCUAUGAUUCCGAAAUUCCAGAGUAUGAUUUUUCGUACAAAUUUAUCAGAUGAAGAUAAUUACAAAUUUGCUGUUCCUAUGGAAUUUUUAAUAAUAGAUCAAGAGAAAUAUUAUUGGCCACUAGUGACUUUCUCUGGAGUGUGCAUUUUCAUGAUCAUUUUUGGAAUAGUGUCUUCGGAUGUUAUAUUUACUAUAUGCUUGCAACAUGUUUGUGGAUUAUUUGCAGUUGUAGGCCAUCGGUUAGAGCACUUUGAACUUGAAGAAACUAAUCCUGAAAACGUUAAAUAUUAUCCACCAAUGGAGCACAAAGAUCGUGAUUUUCAACGUAUGACAAAAAGCAUUGAAACUCACACUCAUGCCAUCAGAUAUUCGGAAGCAAUUGAAGAAACAUUCAAGUGGUGUUUUGCUGUUUUGGUUUUGGCCAAUAUGCCAAAUCUCAGUGUUACAGCAGUGAUGCUCAUGGAACCAGGGAUUUCAACCCAACUAGCCAUGAAAUACAUUACUUUUAUACUUGCUCAAAUGUUACAUCUGUUCUACGAUUUUUACUUAUCAGAACAGUUGAUGGAUCACAGUGGACGGAUAACCGAAUAUAUCACACAUGGAAAAUGGUACGAUCAAUCUAAGAAUACGAAGAACUUGUUACGAUUUAUGAUGAUGCGAAGUGAACGUGUUUGUUAUUUGACUACUGGAAAGAUCUUUGUUUUAUCUAUUGAAAACUACGGCAAAUUUAUCAAAACGGCUGUCUCUUACUUCACGGUUUUGGCUGUUAUUGUUCAUUCCAAUGAUAUUUCUCUAUUAUUAGAAACAGUUGCUCCUUUUGCUGGAAAUAUAAUAAGCCUAGUGAAGUUUUUUAAUAUGGUGUAUCGUAAAGAAGCGCUUACUAUUCUAUUACUAAGAAUGGAAAGGGAUUGGAAGACGUUAAUAAACGAAGAUGAAAUAAAUAUUCUCAAAGAAUAUGCAGAAACUGGAAGAAAAUUAGUUUUGGCAUAUACAGCUGGUUGUUACAUUACAGUAUUGUUGUAUGUAUCAGAACCUGUUAUUCCGAAAUUUCAACAAAUACUGUUUGGAAAGAAUAUAACACCAGAAGAGGAUUUCAAUUUUUGUAUUGCAGCUAUUAUUGCUGCAUUAAUAAGUUCAGAUUUGAUGUUUAUAGUAUUUUUGCAACAUGUUUGUGCAUUAUUUGCUAUUGUUGGGCAUCGACUAGAAAAUUUUGACAAUGAAGAAACACUUCCAGAUAAUAUCAAAUAUUAUCCUCCAAUGGAACAUAAGGAUACCGAUAUGCAACGCAUCACGAAAUGUGUUGUGAGUCACAAUGAAGCAUUCAAAUUUGCACACCUACUUGAAGAAACAUACAUUUGGUGUUUUGGAAUUGUUGUAAUGAUGGAAUUGCCAAUGUUAAGUGUUGCUGCUGUAAUGUUAAUGAAACCGAAUAAUACAAUUCAGCAGUAUAUAAAACAUGGUACAUUUGUGUUGGCUCAAUUGUCUCAUCUAUUUUUCGAUUUUUAUUUAUCACAAAAAUUGAUGGAUCACAGUGCACGUUUACAAGAUUUAUUAUUCAAUGGAAAAUGGUACAAUCUAUCGAAUAAGUUGAAAAUGUUGUUGUUGUUUAUUAUAAUGCGAAGUCAAAUUCCUCUUUACCUUACAGCAGGCAAAUUUCUUAUAUUAUCCAUCGAAAAUUAUGGAGCGUUCAUCAAAACAUCUGCAUCCUACUUUACCGUUAUUCUCUCGACGCAAUAA